GUGUGUGUGUGUGCGUGUGUGUCCUCCAUACACCAGCUUUAAUUUUAGCUCCAGUUCAGGCUUAAAUGAACCCAGAAUUAGAGCAGAAGCCUCUCCUCUCCUCGUCUUCUCAUUAUCGUAGCUUUUUUCAGAGUUUGACACAGUCCGGGACAACUCCACAAAGUAGGCCUGGAUCCCAGACCAGGUCUAGUGGGACCUGCUGGAGCUGGUGUUUUUAGGUCAUUUAGUUCCAGAGUAGGGCACCGUGCACCCGCUGGAGGACCACAAACUAGAACCCUUUGGAGCUGACAGAUGCUCAGGCCUUAUUCUUAGUUUCCCCUGGUGAUCGGUUCCCACCCAAAACCAACCAUACGAUUUCCACCGAGUUCUCCUAACUCCCCCGCCCCCGCAGCGGCCACCGACCCCCGCCGCCCCCCCGGAGCCGCCCGCCCCCCCUUUUCCAAGCUGGCGUGGCGAUGCAAAUUCAGAAAUAUUUACUUCCUGUAUCUUAAAAGGAAAGGGGGGGCCCCUUUUGUGGAAUGUGGCAACAUGGGUGCGUUUGACCAUGGAGUUCAGAUGUUGCUGACCACAGUGGGGGCCUUCGCCGCCUUCAGCCUCAUGACCAUCGCCGUGGGGACGGACUACUGGCUGUACUCGCGUGGUGUCUGCAAGAUCAAGAGCACCAACGAGAACGAGACCAGCAAGAAGAACGAAGAGGUGAUGACGCACUCAGGGCUGUGGAGGACCUGCUGCCUGGAAGGUUCUUUUAAAGGCAUGUGUAAACAGAUCGAUCACUUCCCUGAGGAUGCUGACCAUGAGGCUGAUGCGUCUGAAUACUUCCUACGUGCGGUGCGUGCCUCCAGUAUCUUCCCCAUCCUCAGCGUCAUCCUGCUCUUCAUGGGGGGGCUGUGCAUCGCCGCCAGCGAGUUCUACAAGUCACGCCACAACAUCAUCCUGAGCUCUGGGAUCCUGUUUGUGUCUGCAGGCUUGAGUAACAUCAUCGGGAUAAUCGUCUACAUAUCAGCCAAUGCAGGAGACCCUUCCAAGAGUGAUUCCAAGAAGAACAGCUACUCCUACGGCUGGUCCUUCUACUUCGGCGCCCUCUCCUUCAUCAUGGCUGAAAUGGUGGGCGUACUGGCCGUGCAUAUGUUCAUUGACCGGCAUCAGGAGUUGCGUGUGGGAGCCUUAGCCGCCGACUACCUCCAGGGCGCAGCCAUCACGAGCAUCCCCAGCUACCGUUACCACCGGCGCUCCCGCUCCUCAUCCCGCUCAACAGAUCCUUCACACUCUUGUGAGGCGUCACCGGUGGGUUUGACCGCCUUUGGGACGCUGCCAUCCACUGAUCUGUCCAUGUAUACGCUUCCCAAGGGCCAAACGGGCACCAUGACGGCCACAUAUAACUCAACUGAGAGGGACCACAACUUCCUGCAGGUCCACAACUGCAUUGAGAAGGAUGCAAAAGACUCAGGCGGACACAACAACACAGCUAACCGACGCACGACACCUGUAUGAAAGUCAAGAAGAGAUCCCAAAUUCUACAAAAACAAAAUCGAGGGACUCCGGGGGAGGAAAAUACAGAUCAGGGUAUACCUGUGAAAGUAAGAAGAGAAGCUUAAAAGAGUUGAUUUGAGAGGUUUUCAUCAGAAGGAAAGUUCUGAGCACUUCACAGCACCUACGAUCACCCAUGAGUUCCUGUUUAAAAAAGGAAAAAAUGCAUCAUAAAGAAACAUACAUCCAAGGUUGCCCACAAAGUCGACGCGUGUGACGCAUUUCCUUUCAUAGUCAACACAUUGAACGCAAGCGAGCCGGGUGACGCGUAAAAUGCAAUACAUCACUCACGCAGUAGGGGGUAGCAGAGUCAGGUACAUUCUGGGUGUCAAACCGGGUGAUAUUCAGAUCAAAAUGGCUACUGAAGACGAGAGUAUUCUGAUGUUGAUUUUGAAUCAGCAGUGCCAAAAAAAACUUGCCAAAUAUAGACGGUGGUAUGUACGGCCUCUGAACUGCAGCAGAGGAGAGGACGGGGAAUUCCAAUCUCUUGUUCAGCCUAUGCAAAUUCUAGACGGAGGAGUGUAGGGCACGGGAAACAUCAUACAAAUGAGAAUGUGCCCGCACACGUUUGCAGACUUUUUCCUUCUCGCCUGCCAUAUUUCAUCUUCGCCUUCUGUAAAUGUAAUUUGUUAAAUUAAACUGUAUCGCUUGCGUAUUGCCCCUGCUGGUGACGUAUGGUAUUACACGCAUCGCUGCUUGCGUAUCAAAAAAAUGGACAACACAUUUUGAGACGCAAGUACGCAUCAUGGCGGCCAAUGCGUCUCAGUGCGAUGUAGUGCGUUCACAUCUGCGUGCUCUUGCGUUGACUAUGAAACGGCCCAAAAGGUGAGCUUACAGAUCUAUAUUUUUACUCUUCCAAAGAUUGGUAAACAGUAAUGGUGUAGUUUAGCCCCAUCUGGGCCCCGUCUAUGACCCUCCCCCCCAGCACACACACCUUCACCUGGCCUAAGGCCCAUGCUUCUUUUAGUUGCCAUAUCUUUUGAUUUCAUUUGUUAUUAACAUUAAAACUGUGAACCACUGAGGUGUGAGAUUUUAACAGGGAACAAGUCAGGCUGCAAAAAAAAAAAAAAAAAAAGACCAGAUGUAAAUAAACCCACAUGUUCUUAGUUCAGCAUCGACUGAUGGAGAAAAGUCGACUUUUUCUGUUUUGCUUUUUGAAAGGGCAGAGUAAAGACAGAACUUUGGGUCCUGGAGGAUCUCACCACAAACUUGAAGAAGACUGUGGACUAAAUGUUACUACUGCCAAAGAGAAAAAGUAGUGCGUCAUUGAACAUGGCAUUCUGCAAGUCGAAGCCCAGUGA